AUGCCGCCUCAACAAGGUUACGUCUCCCGUCAAUUCGAGGCUCUCGAAGAUGACUCCAAAACUCCCAUGGCUGUCUGCCGCCACUGCAAUGACAAGAAGGUAGCAAGGAACAUAGUAGCUCGCAAAGUUGCCCACCUUGCUGCAUGCGAAGCCUACUACUCCUAUCUCCAGGCACUUCUUGAUGAUGACUCCUCGACCGCUGGCGAUAAGGAGCUGAAGCAACUUCCGGAGGAGCUCAAGACUAGGAUUGAGCAACGUACCGAACAGCCCCUGGUCUCAAAGACAAGUCAUGCUGCUGCUGAGGUCGCCAACCAGGAGAAUCUCAAAACCGAUCUCGACGAUACUGUCCUGCAGGCAAUCUUCCAUGGCAGUCUGCCCUUUGAUGCUUUCGAGCCAAAUAAGCAUCCUCACAUUCUCCGUCUCUGUCGUAUGAUCAUGCCGGAUUUCGAUCCCCCUUCGCGCUCUCGUGUCGCCCAGGCCAUGGUCAAUCUAGCUGCCCAGCCUACUCAUGGAAUACAGCAGGCGCAACCCACUCAGCCCAGUCAAGUCGAGCAGUUCUUUACACCUCGCACAAGUGCUGUCGACACAUCUUACGCUCAAGAAGAGUCCGCUCGCGCUGCCCUCUCCUCUCGCAUUGUCAAUGAUCUGCUCUCUCGUGCUACUCCCCAAUCCACCCCUGGCUCGAAGCGUCCAUUCGAUCUUGUAUGA